AUGGUAUCUUUCUACGGGCCAUGGGUCUUUGCAGCGCUUGGAUCGGGGGCCCUCGCUGCAGUUGCCACAUACCCAAACGCCACUACCUCGAGCAUUUGCGCCGAUUGGUGUUGGAAGACAAUCACGGAGACGUUGACUUAUGCCGAGCCUACAACUGUGUACGAGACGGUGACAGAAACUGCUGGUGGACCAAUCUAUGGUGAUCCCAGCGCUUCUAUCGUCACCUCGUGGAGGACGACCACCGUCACGGCACCCGGAGAAUCUAGUAACUAUACUCUGACCUCAUGGCAGACCUCUACAGUUGUUAGCACGGAGGAGGAUAAGACGACCGAGAAAACGACAGAAACCGCCUACCAGAACGCAACUGUCACGGCAACCGAAUUGACCACAACGACGGUGGUUUCGUCAUACAUCGUCACUACGACUAACUAUGUCUGCUCUGUCGCAUCUCCUGUGCCUUACAACGCCUUGGCCGUUGAUGACCAGACCAGUACCGUCUACACCACAGAAGUCCACACCGUCACAAGUUGCGCCCCAACAGUCACUGGAUGCCCAGGCAGCUCGCCUGGAAGCGGUUAUCCGACAGGCGGCUCCCCGACUUACGAACCUUCACCAAGCGCUCCUGCACCAAGCGACGAGCCACCGAGCGUCACUACCAUUGGAUGUGUGGGAAACACGGUUACGAGCUGGAAGACCGUCACAACGAUUGUACCGACGACUAUAGCGACUACUGUGGAUCAUACAACCACAGAAGUCUCCAAAACUACGGAAACCGACACAACCACUGCGUUGACCACGACCACACUCGUUUCGUCUUACCCCUACUAUGUCACCGUAUCAGUCUGCUCUUACGCUGAGCCUACAUAUUAUGCACUCGCUGACCCCACGAGCACUGUCUAUACGACAUCGUACACGACAAUCACUUCAUGCCCACCUGUCGUGACAAAUUGUCCUGGUCGCACAAGCAGCACCGCUGAUUCCUACCCAACUGCACCUCCGGUCGGCUGCAGUGGGUCGGUAGAAACGCGGUGGACCACAGUAACCAAGACCACGGCUGUCCCGACGACUAUUCCGACGACAAUCACUCGUGACCGUACAACGACCACCACCAAAGAGCGCACCGUAACUCGGACAUCCGUGACCACUUGUACCGAAACAACUACAACAACUAGGCUCUCCACUUACACGACUACCAAAAUCCAGCCUACAACCAAGACGGUUGACCACACACUCACUACUACGGAUUGGGAGACAACUACAAUUACCGAUGUGUCCACUGUGAUAGAUACCACGACAUACGUCACAACCAGCUCUGUCCCCACAUUCUGGACAACUGAUAUACUGACGGCGACGUCGACUCUGGUAACCUCUGUGCCUUUCACAUUGACAGAGACGACCUCAGUUCCGACCACCGUUAUUAGCACAUCUAUUACAACCUAUACAACAGCUACAACAUCUACUGUCAUCUCUACUGAAAUCUUGCCAAUUACCUAUCCUAUUACAGUCACAGACAGUACCACGAUCUAUACGACCGAGUUCAGUACUAGGGAGACAACCUUAACAACUUCGUUCUCCUACCCUGUUACGGAGACUUUGAGUUUCACAGAUACACUCACAGAUACGGUCACAGAUACGACUAUUCUACCAGCAAUCACUGUCACUAGCACUCUCCCAGGGGUUCCUACGACCCUAACAGAGAGCUACACUACAACGACGAGUAUCUCCGGCAGUCUGACGACGUUGACUCUCACAUCCACGACUGUAUCCACACAGCCAGGGGAAAUUGUCACGGUGACCCAACAACUUCCUGGCUCUGUCACAACGUUGCCCGGUAUUACCUUGACGAGUACUGAGCCAGGUAGCGUCACAACUUUGUCGGGAAGCACUGUGGUGGAAACUAUUGUUAUCCCGCCAAGUACUAUCACGCAGCCAGGAGAGACAACAACCCAGGUCAUUACUUCUGUGAUUCCGCCCGUAACAACCACUUAUACAGAGGAUGGCACAACUGUCACAGAAACGCUUCCGGCGUCGACAGUGCUGCAAACGCAGACAAUCACAGCUCCACCAGUGACUGUCACAUCACCGCCAGAACUUGUCACCUUAACCUCUACGAUUGUUCAAAGCCUCAGUAUCUGCAAUCCCCCUCCUGUUGCAACGAACGCACCUGCGCUCGACCCCAGUUCAAAUUUGACGUGGAGCUGCUCGCCUGGCCGCCACUGCAACCCACCGAAGCCUGACGGUUGUAACAUCUGGUCUGAUCUUCCCGCGAACAACUACCAGUGCCCACCGGAGUAUUGCGUGCCCGUGACGCCUUACUUCAAUACAACUUGGCAAGAAGGCAACACCAGCUACUUCCCAGUCACGGAAGGUUAUUUCAACCUCAAUCCCGAAGCGUUCGGCCUCAGCUACGACAUCUUCUCUGAGGAGCUUAUUGUUAAGGAAAUAGAUGGCUACGAGGUGACUUUCACGACCGGAAAUUGGGCGUCGCAGACGUCGAUCUCAGAGCUCACCAUAAGUACAACCGCAACAAUCUUACCGAAGAGUUCGAGCUUCGAGAAACCCAAACGCAUGUUCACAAGCAAGAAGCAUGUAAAGGGGAUCUCUCUUACCAAGCGGGAUACUGUGACUGGGACAAUUCCAGCCGUUUGCUUCGAUGUAUGCAACGACUGCAACCUAGAGGCUCAAUCCAGAGGCAAGGUUCCGUCGCUUUGUGACAGCGGCUCUGCCUUCAACAAUUAUCUUGAAGGCUGCAAUAAAUGCAUCGACACUUACGAGGACACGACGAAAAUCUCCGGCCGGCAGUACAUAACCAACUCAUUUGCCCAGUACCUCAACUUCUGUCAGGCAUCCGACCCCUCUGAACCCAGCACCUCAUCUGCUGCUGCCGAUGUCACGUCGGCUACAUCUGUCAGAACUUCAUCUCAAGUCGAGGCCUCCAGUCAAUCUACUAGCAUCAUCUCAAGGUCUAGUAGCUCCUCUGGCUCCAGUUCAUCCUCGGCUUCAGAGUCGGCCUCGGCUUCAGAGUCGGCCUCGGCUUCAGAGUCGGCCUCGGCUUCAGAGUCGGCCUCGACGUCGUCAUCUGCUUCAGGCUCCGUAUCUGAGACUUCGACCUCGGAAACCCAAACGUCUGUAACAGGUACCUCGUCAGCCCUGAGCUCGUCUGAGACUUCUGCAAGCUCGGGGCAGUCGCCGACCACUGGACCCUCGGCAACAGGGUCUGCUCCAGCCAGCUCAGGCCCUUCAGCUUCAACCUCUGAAGCAACGACAACAGCCACAGGUACGGGACAAACUAGUGGCACAAAUACAACGCCAUCUGGUACAAGCACGUCGGGUCCCGUCCAGGCUGCCGCCGUCAGGCUUCGAAGUGGCAGUCUGGCAGGUCUAGGCGGGCUUGUUUUCCCCAUCCUGGCCUGCAUCUUGUUGGUCUAAGCAUGACCGGCACAGACUCGCCGGAAUUAAUUGCAUUUCUUUCCAUUCGAAAAUUCUUCAGCCACUCCCUAAGGAAAUAAUGUCUUGACGCAAUAUUAUCAUUGGAGACAAGCGUAUAUGAUUUAACGACACUCAUUUAACGGCACAGUGCGACGACACUCAUUUACAACAACGAAAAUCACGAAUUGAUGAAAUUCAACGACACUCAUUAAUACAUCAAGCAUGGUUAGGAAUUUUAAAAAGGAUUCACGGCAUAUAAAUAUAAUGAUACCCAUCCACAACACUCCCUUAAUGUGGAAACUUUUACCAGCAGUGGCUUUUUGGAAAUGGAAUUGGGCGAUGCCAUUUUGAAUAUUUGCCCCGGCAGACCGCACGAAUAGCCUGGAAUGAAGCAGAUAUAGACGCGUGGCGUCAGGAUUCAACGAGCCUUUGAGCAUGAGCAUUGAUGGGCUAGCUGCAGGGCUGGGGAUGUGAAGCCUCGAGAGGUUCACAUAAUGCUAUGAUUAGGAGAUUCUGUUCGACAUAAUUGAUGUUAUACUGUAGCUCGCAGUUUUUCAAUAAAAAUUUAAUAUCAUUUGCUUCUUGA